UAAAUUACAACAUUCCCUUAAUUUUGUGGUCAUGAAAUUCAAAGGUUCCCUUUCCUCCAGAUUCUUUAAUUUCACUGCCACCAGAAUUAAUAACAAUAAUAAUAAAAAUAUAAGUAUCUAUCCCAAUAAAGAAAGCCAAACAAAAACAAACACAACCUCCGAUCUGAAUCCUCGUUCAUCUUCAAACACUUUUGUCCUUAAUGUCCUUCAUUCUUGAUUAGUUCAAUUCCUUACAAUUCUCCCCCCAUUUCUUUUCUUUGAUUAUAUCUUCCAUCAUCGAUGUAAUACAAAUUGUUUGAAGGAAAAAAUAAAAGGAAAAAAGAAAUUAGUUUUAUAAUCAAUUCAGUUAUUAUGAUAAAUAGGCGAAGCUGCUUCCAUUUAUUACUAUCAUCUUUUCAUAGAAGCAGCAGCAAUCGUCGUCUCUGCCACCCCAUUUGUCGGAGAUAUUUUAUGGCAGCGGCGCCGCCCUCCACCGCCAUUUCUAAAGAUCCGAUUCCCUUUGCAUCGGUUCGGAAAUCUUUGAACAGGGCCGUUGGGUUGAAGGUUAGAGGGUGUGGUUCAGCUGAGAACGGUCAUAUUGGUAGCCGGAACGAUAACGAGAAGAAAAGUUCUGGGUUCGUUAACGGUGGCGGCGAUGGUGGUUUCGGUGGCGGAUUUGGGUUGCAUAAGGCUAGGGUAAUUGGGCCUCAUUUGUUGCGGGAGUUGGUGGCUGAAGAGAUCAGUUUUAGCUUGAAGAAUACAACUUUUGAUGCCGGUGGCAGGUACCGGAGUGACAAAGGUGGCUGCCUUGGGUUUCCGGAGGAUCCACAUUUGGGUCCCAAGAAAUUUAUGGUUGCUGUUGAUGUUGAUGAAGUUCUUGGCAACUUUGUGUCAGCUCUGAAUCAAUUCAUUGCAGCACGUUAUGAGUUAAAACACUCGGUUUCAGAAUACCAUGUUUAUGAGUUUUUCAAGAUAUGGAAUUGUUCCCGUGAUGAAGCUGAUCUACGUGUUCAUGAAUUCUUUAAGACACCAUAUUUCAAAAAAGGGAUUUAUCCAAUCCCCGGCGCUAAGCAGGCUCUCCAAAAGUUGUCCCGAUUUUAUGAUUUAUCCAUAGUUACGUCCCGGCAAAAUGUUAUUAAAGACCACACAAUUGAGUGGAUUGAGAAGCACUUUCCAGGAUUGUUCCAAGAGAUCCAUUUUGGCAAUCACUUUGCAUUGGAUGGAAAAUCCAGACCUAAGUCAGACAUUUGCAGGUGAGUUGCUUCUUCGGUUGGAUCACCUGAUUAUUUCACAUUAUUGUUCUAUUUUAACUCUUAAAGAUGCUUGGGUGACUUCUAUAGCUGUGUUCAUUGUUUUGUUUAUUCCAGGUCUUUGGGAGCAAAAGUUUUGAUUGAUGAUAAUCCGAGAUAUGCUAUUGAGUGUGCCGAAGCUGGAAUGAGAGUUCUUCUAUUCGAUUAUCAAAAUUCAUAUCCAUGGUCGAAAAUAGAGUCUGUUCAACAACACCCGCUCAUCACCAAAGUUCAUAACUGGGAAGAGGUGGAGAAUCACUUGGUGUCGUGGACUAAUUCAUGACAAUUUGGCAUCAUUUUUGAGGUCUUAAACUGGUAUGUAUUCAUAGGAGUAUAGUUUAGUCGCCGGAAAAGUAUUUGAGAAUUUGCAAGCAUGGACUUCUGCUACAUUCCUAGUCCCCAAUUGCUGGACGGGGGAUAUCUGGUCAAAGAUAUCUGAUGACAGGAAUACAAGAGUUGAACGAUUGCCUUAUGCGUUGAUUCCACGAGAUUCUUUCCGGAUUUAGCGAUGUAGGAGAUUGACAUAGGGGUUGGCCUGCCAAGUUGCCUGGCAACACCCAUUAAAACAUGAUAGCAUUGUAGGAUGAGUACAAAAUGAUCUGUAAAACUUGUGAGAAGUGCUCAAUAGCAAGUUCUGUACUGGGGUUUCGACUGUUGAAUCUCUCAUGUACAGAUUUAAGGAGAAGAUGUUGAGCCUGAAUUUUGAAACUCCAUUGUAAUGUUAGAAGUAGUUAUGCUGCAGCGGCCAUUAACCCUGCUUCGCAUUUUUGUAUGUGAGGUCAUGUUCUUCCACCAGCAACAGAGUUCCACAUAAUAAGAUGUACUCCAUUUGUCGUGAAAAUCCAAAGCGGACAAUAAUUUCAGGACAGAGGUAGCAGUAGUUAUUAUAUUUUCAUUCCCAGCUGUGUGGAGUGGUUGGGUUAUUGUACUUGUUGAGAUGAAAUGUUGAAGAGUUUAAAAUUAUUUUUACUGACAAACUAAUCUAGCGUUUGUUUGUGCAGACUUAUUAGAAUAUUCAUUUUGAUGAUUGAAUUCAUCAGACUAACCUGCAAAAUGUAACGAGUCAUGUCAGUAGUCAAGGCUUACAAUUUUGUUAACAGCAUAGUAAAGCAGAUGAACUCCUCAACCAUACAUGCAGAGCGCGGCCUCAUUUUAAACUGGGGGGAAAACUGCUGGUCCAAGGAGCUGAAAUCUCCGGCCACCGGAUUCCAAAUUGUAGUUCUGAAAGGUUCAAUUUGAUGCAGGGAAACCUCUUGACUGGAUUAGAUUUUGUUUGAUGAAUGAUUAUGCAAGAUAUCUGGAUAUAUUUCUCCAGUUUCACACAUGGAUAAAAGUAAAACCACUUGGAGGUUGUUGAUGGGUAAGACGGAAAAAUUGGUGUUUCUCAUAAUCCUUUGGCCCAAUAAGUGCUUGUAGUUAAGAUGAUCCUGCCAGGGUCCAGACUGUGCUCCAAAUUGUCCCCUUUUGAACUCUUUUGGUCAUUCUCUUGACUUUACAUAGAUUAAAGGAACCAGAUCAAGUUUUUGACAUCUUGGUUUGAUUAAGGUAUUACUUAUUUUUUUGUGGUAUUUUUUCUCUCUUUGGUUAAUAUAUAUUGC